AUGUCGGCAGGCAAUGUACAGCGUGUUCCGCCCACCUUGCUGUUACAGGAGGAGCUCAAGCUUUUAGACGGUUUGUUUGAAGGACGAAUGCGUUACCGGGUCUAUCGCCACCAUUUGUUUUUUCGUGAGGCUGAUAUAUUGCGUAGAGCAUUGCGCAAAGAAUUGCCACAUUUGGCUGAACCUGCUGUUGGGCAACGUGAAUGUCUAUUACGACGGCUUCUUUUCUUGACAGUGCGAUGCGCGGAGACUGCGGUACUUGAGAUGAGUGCCUCCCGCGUGGAUACAAUUUCCCUUGCUGCACUUCUUUUGGCAGUUUCUUCACGAAUUGGAUGUGUGCUUGGGGCUCUUUCACGGCACACACGGAAUGAGUUUGCUGAAAUAGCUGUGGAGAACACAAAGUUCUUCAUUGCACAGAAGAAACGAUGUCGUCAGAAGCGUACGCGUUCAACUGGCAACACAAUUUUAUUGCGACAUCCAACCAUCGGAAGUGUACUCGAAGUGGCAGCAGCAGCAACAGCAACAUCUGAUGUUGAUAAUGAUAUCUGA